AAACACGCUCAUCCCAAAAAAGGUUUAGUAAUAAAACCAAUUUUAUCUAAAACUUUUAAUUCUCGUGCACAGGUGGAUCUAAUAGAUAUGCAAAGUAAUAAAGAUGGUGGUUUUAAAUUUAUCUUGGUUUACCAAGACCAUUUUACUAAGUUUGUUUCUUUACGACCUUUAAAAACAAAAACUUCAAGCGAAGUUGCGUACAAUCUUAUAGAUAUUUUUUGUAUAUUUGGAGCUCCGUGCAUACUACAAUCAGACAAUGGUAGAGAGUUUGUGAAUCAUAUUAUAAAUGAUUUAGUUCUAAUGUGGGAUGAUUUAAAAAUUGUACACGGGAAGCCACGUCAUUCGCAAAGCCAGGGGAGUGUUGAGCGAGCUAAUCAGGACAUCGAAAAAAUCAUUUAUGCUUGGAUGGAAGAAAAUCAGUCUAGAAAGUGGAGUGAAGGAUUGAGAUUUUUGUCAAUUUGCCAAAAAUAG